CGGAGUGCGAGCGGAAAUGCGAAGAUGGCGCCGCCAGUUGGCUACCGACGGUGGCCGAAAUCCGAUCCAGGGCCAUCUUCUCCAACCAAAUGCACAGUACCACCCAGUUAGCGGUAGGCACAGAAAUUCAUCGAUAUUGGCGGUACACCGGUGGACGGCACGGGCCGCCGGCAUUAUCCUGCUGAUCCUUCUGCUCUGCGUCGGUGUCCAGAGUCAAGUCUGUGGACCACCGGCGGUGCCGGCUAACGCGAAGGUACACCCAACCAAAACGGACGAUAGCAGUGGCGGGUUGCGAUCGGCGCGUUACGAAUGCGACGCCGGAUACGAGUUGUUCGGCCCGGACACAAUCCGCUGCGAUCCUGUGAAGGGCUGGGACCGUGAGCUGCCAUUCUGCGGCACAAAUGUGGCAUAUCGGAAGCCGGUAAACCAGUCGUCUGCGACCAGGGCAGGACCGGCCGGCUUCGCGAACGAUGGUAAGCAAGGCAACCAGAACCCAGAUGGCCAGGAAUGCUCGGAGACGCAGAAGGAGGUGUCACCUUGGUGGCGUGUCGAUCUGCUGACACCAGAAGCGGUGCGGGUUGUGCGGAUCACGACUCGAGGCUGCUGCGGCCACCAGCCGCUCCAGGAUCUGGAGAUCCGCGUCGGCAACAGCAGCACCGAUUUACAACGGAACCCGUUGUGCGCCUGGUAUCCGGGCACCGUGGACGAAGGCAGCACCAAAUCGUUUACGUGCGCUCGCCCGCUCGUCGGCCAGUACGUCACGGUGCAGCUGGUGGGCGUCGAGAGCAGCCUGAGUCUGUGCGAAGUCGAGGUGUACUCGAACGACGAGUUCUCGGCGGAGCGGUGCGCCGCACCGAACCUGAGCGUCGACACCGUAGUUACCACGUUCGCCCGGACUUGCUAUGAGUUUCACAUCACGCGCGGCGAAAGCUUUGAGAAGGCGCGCGCUGUCUGCCGGUCGAAUGGAGGUGAUCUACUGCACAACUUCCGGGGCGUCACCACGGACUACAUUAUCUCGGAGCUGGAAAGACGAAAGAGCGAGCUGCGGACGCAGCUGGUGUGGAUCGGUGCUCAGAAGGAGCCAGGCAUUACGUCACGGACCUGGAAGUGGGUUAAUGGUGAUACUGUGAGCAAGCCGACGUGGGGCAAGGACCAACCGAACAACUAUAACGGCGAGCAGAACUGCGUGGUGCUGGAUGGUGGGCGCAACUGGCUGUGGAACGAUGUGGGCUGCAACCUCGACUAUCUAAACUACAUCUGCCAGCACCGGCCGCUUUCAUGCGGUUCGCCGGACGCGCUCGUCAACACGACCAUCGUUGGGCGUAACUAUUCUAUUGGGGCCAACAUCGCGUACCGGUGCCCAGUCGGUCACUCGCUGAUCGGACCAGCCGAGCGGAUCUGCCUACCGAAUGGUACGUGGAGCGAUGCCGCUCCGGCCUGCAAGUAUGUAGACUGUGGAGCAUUGCCGACGAUCGAACACGGUGGCAUCAUCCUGUCGGAGAAACGCACCAGCUACGGUGUGCAGGCGCUCUACACCUGCCACGAGAACUAUACGUUGAUUGGUCACGAGAACCGGACAUGCGAGGUGGGCGGCUGGUCCGGCGAACAGCCCAAGUGUCUGGUAGACUGGUGCCCGGAACCACCGGCGAUCCAGGGUGGUCGUAGGCAGGUGUCGGGACGGAGGGCCGGUUCGACAGCACUCUAUACGUGCGAGCAUGGGUUCGUGAUGCUCGGAGAACCAGUGCUGUCAUGUGGUCUCGGCGGCAACUGGACCGGCAAAAUACCAGUGUGUCGGUACGUCGACUGCGGCAUGCCUGCCCGGCCCGACCGUGGAAAUUUACUGCUAUUGAACGACUCAACGACAGUCGGUUCAGCAGUCCGAUACUUUUGCGAUGAUGAUUACUGGCUAGUCGGUCCGCAGGAGCUUUACUGCACCAAGGAUGGCAAAUGGUCCGGCAGUGCGCCAGUCUGUGAACUGAUUACGUGCGAGACACCGCACGUACCACCAGGCUCAUACGUCAUCGGGUACGACUACAACAUCCAUUCGUCGAUCCAGUACCAUUGCGACCCGGGGCAUCUGCUGCGUGGCGAGGACACGCUGACAUGCCUGGAAUCGGGCCAGUGGAGCGGUGAGGCGCCAGACUGCGAGUACGUGGACUGUGGGCCUCUCACGCCAAACCCGUUUGGCUCGCAUCGGUACCUUCAGAACGCAACCUACCUCGGUUCGGAAGUGCAGUACUACUGCAGCCCCUCGCAUCGGUUGGCUGGCUCGAACCGGCGCAUCUGCCUCGAGACGGGCCUAUGGAGCGAGAGUGCACCGCGCUGUGAGGAGAUCCGGUGCACCGAGCCGACACUCACGCCACACAGUUUCCUCAGUGUGACGGGCAACGAUCGGAUGUACGGGCGAACGCUGAUACGCACAUCCGACACGGCUGCCACAAGUGGCGUCCAGACGUACAAGGUUGGUGCGCUGGCCAAGUACCGGUGCGAGCGUGGCUACAAGAUCGUCGGUGAGGCGCUGAUCACUUGUGAGGAGAAUGGUCACUGGAGCGGCGAGAUACCGGAGUGUGUCUAUGUGGACUGUGAGACGCCAGUGGGUAUCGCCUACGGAAAGGUGACGCUUGCGACGAACGCAACGUACUACGGGGCGGCCGCAUUGUACGAGUGCGAGGGAAACUACAAGCUGGACGGUGUGUCGCGCCGGUUGUGCCUGGAGGACGGCACUUGGAGCCACGAGGCGCCUCGCUGUGCUGAAAUCACCUGCGGCGAGCUGAACGUCACCGACAGUUUGCUGGUGAGCUACGGCACUCGACGCGUUGGCGUGCAAGCCGAGUUCAGCUGCGCGAAGGGCCGCUACAUGGUGGGCAACGGUACCCGGAUCUGUCUACCAACCGGCCAAUGGUCGGGCCGUAGCCCCGUCUGCAAACUGAUUGAUUGUGGUCGGCCAACGGACAUCGAGAAUGGGCGGGUGAUCGUUGUUAACGAAUCGACUGUAUACGGUGGAUCGGCCGAAUAUCACUGCGUGCCGCACUUCAAUCGCAUCGGUCCCUACCUGCGCAAGUGCAUGGACGAUGGCAAGUGGAGUGGCGAGGAGCCACGCUGCGAGUUGAUCGUUAACGAUGCGCAGGAAACGACCAGCCUCGGUACUGGCAUCGCAAUCGGUGCCGCCAUCAUCGUUAUACUGCUGAUCCUAAUCGGUGUCCUGUUUCUGCACCGCAACAAGGCGCGACCGGUGAAAAAUACGGAGAACGUACAGGCGGCUGAGCACAAGGAGGACCAAAACGCGGCCGUCAUGUCGUAUUCGAGCCUCGAAAACGGGCGCCAUACGUUCGAUCUGACCAACCGGGGCGGCGGGCUGGUCACGUUCAACACUUUCCAGUCUGGUGGUGGUCAUCCGCCGCCACCCAGCCAGCUCUCGCACGGUCCCUAUCAUCACAGUAAUAUCAACAACAACGGCAGCAGUAACAACAACAACACUCUCAGGCAUAACCAUCCGGGUGGUGGUAGUGGCGGUAAUGGUGCCAGCGGAGGAGAGAACAUCUAUGACCAAAUACCGAGCGAGCAGUACUACGACGCGCCCUACGAAAUGCGCACCAACGAGGAGGUGUACGAACCUGAACCGACCGCUCGAGGUAACGUUAUCACCAUCAACGGUGUUAGCGUCCGGUGAGCCUUCGAAGGCCACCGAUGAAAGAGCAAAGAUAGAGGAAGAGAUAGGGGAAGGUAAACCCCCUUUCAUUAGUUCCUUCCGUGCGGUGGUGGCCUGCACUAUCUCCAACGGAACAUAUUCCAUCUCCACCAGUCCCCUACAAACCGAGUCAACAAUCCGCAUCGGCCGAUGGAAUUCACCGGUACUAAUGGUAGUUGGUUAGGAAGCGUCACAGUGUGCGCCCGUUUGUAAUCUUUUGAAGAGCAGAACGACAGAGUCAUAUUACAAAGUCCUGCGAAAACCCGGUAGUGUGUGAGAGAAUGUGUGAGCGAUAAGUACGUAGAAAUAAUAGGAGCUGAUGGAUCCAGGCUGGCGAGCUCCAGCAACUAAAAUAGCCUCUGUGAUGAACUAUGGAAAGGAGUGCGUCAAUGCCCAAUUUAGUAUGCAAUCUUAGCACCCAUCAGACUUUAACUAGGUCUGUUCCAUGUUUCCAGCAACCAUGUUUGUUGCCCUAGGCCGUAGGUUUUACUAUUAUGAUAUUCGAUGUCUUUUGAUAAACCCCGUCCCUUUUUGUACAUAACCUUAUUACCAAUUGUUGCAGCAGCGAAACUGAACGAACGAACAAACCAACCAAUUCGCGGCGCAAUUUGCGUUCGUUCAAGCACCAGGCAUCUAGAUCAGGCAACGUACACAAACGUAACUGAUUCGCGACUGCAACUGACGCUAACAACAAAGAAAAAUUAAUAUACCUAUUG